AUGCCACGCACAAAGCAGACACCCCGACCACCAAAACCUGAGUUCCACCACGAUGAGCUCACUACUCCCCUCACGAAGGCCCGUCGAACAAGCAUACAAAUGCCCAACCUUCGUCGUGACGAGGUUUACAGUGCCCUGUUCAUACUCGACAAGACACCUAGAGCUAUCAUCGACGAGGUCAUUGUGAAGAACCGCAAACAUACCGGUAACUACUUCUUCUGGCUGGCAGAGGAGAGCUUCGAAGCCCUUCUCCCUGAUCAUACGGAUGAGUUGAUCAAACCAACAAUCCCAGCUGAUUGGCUAUCUCCUUUCGUAGGCAAGAAGACAGUGGAGGACGCCUUCAGAUUCAUUGCCACUCUUCCCCUCGAAGCACGUUUAGACAGGCAAUUCAUUGCCGUCUUGGACAUUCGUCUCUACAAGGAAAAGGAUUGGCUCGUGAUCUACAGGAUCGAUGAACAAGGAGAAAUUACAUCGAUUCCUUGUAAAGCUGAGCUUACCUGCAUGCAAAUGCGAAGUUAUGGUAACCACAACUGGCCGACGUUCAUGGAUGACUGGCAGCGCACCGGCAAGCCAAUUCUCCGGUAG